AUGGAAGCUGUACAGGUAGAAUCAAAAGGCUCGCAUGGUGGCGAUGCCGAUCGCCGGACGUCCAGGAAUGAUCGCCGGAGCUCGUGGGGCUGCACUUUGCUCAUCGUGAACACGUGCUUGCAAUGCGUGUCCUACUACGGCUUGUCGACGAAUCUGAUGAACUACUUUACGGAGGAGCUGCACGCCGGCAGCAAGUCCGCGGCGAACGGCGUGACCAACUGGGUGGGUACCAGCUCCAUCACGCCGCUGGCCGCCGCCUUCCUCGCCGACUCCUUCCUUGGCAGGUACUGGACCAUCACCGUCUUCCUCGUCAUCUCCGCCGUGGGAUACGGUGUGGUGACGGCGAGCGCCUCGUGGGCGCUGCAGAGCGCGGUGUUCUACGCGGGGCUGUACCUGGUGGGACUGGGCGGCGCGCUGCAGCCGGUCAUGGUGUCUUUCGGCGCCGACCAGUUCGGCGACGACGAGUCCGAGCGCGGGCAGCAGAGCUCCUUCUUCAACUGGUUCUACUUCUCCGUCAACGUGGGCUCGCUUGUCGGCGGCACCGUGCUGGUGUGGGUGCAGACCGCCCACGGCUGGCGGCUCGGCUACGGCAUCCCAGCCCUGCUCAGCGUGCUCGCCGUCGCGCUGUUCAUCGCCGGCACUGGCGCGUAUCGCAGGCACCAGCCGCCGGGGGGAUUCCCGCUGACCAGGAUCGCGCAGGUGGUAGUCGCCGCCGUCAGGAAGUGCGACGUGGAGGUGCCGGACGACGCCGCGCUUCUGCACGAGUGCGAGGGCGACGAUGCCGUGUCGGCGAUACAGGGGAGCCGCCGUCUCGCGCGCACCGGCCAGUUCAGGUUCUUGGACAAGGCAGCGGUGGAGACGGCGGGCGACAAGGGCGGUCGUCCGGCGAGGCCGUGGCGACUGUGCACGGUGACGCAAGUAGAGGAGCUCAAGUGCGUGCUCCGGCUGCUCCCCGUGUGGGCCUGCGGCAUCAUCUUCGCGGCGGCGUACACGCAGAUGUCCACCACCUUCAUCCUCCAGGGCAACACCAUGGACCCUCGCCUCGGCAGCUUCCGCGUGCCCGCCGCCAUGCUUUCCGUCUUCGACACCCUAAGCGUCAUGAUCUGGGUGCUGCUCUACGACCGCGCUGUUGUCCCGCUCGCGCGCCGUCUCACUGGCAACAACGGCGGGUUUACGCAGCUAGCGCGCAUGGGCGUCGGUUUUUUCAUCCUCACCAUCGCCAUGUUGCUUGCCGGGGCACUGGAGGUUGCCCGCCGCCGAGUCCUUGUGCUCCAUGGCACCUACAUCGGCGUGGAUGGCAUCGAGUAUAUGCCGAUGUCGAUCUUCUGGCAGGUGCCGCAAUACGUGGUGGUGGGUGCGGCGGAGGUGUUUACAUUCAUUGGGCAGAUGGAGUUCUUCUACGACCAGGCGCCGGACGCCAUGCGGAGCGUCUGUUCGGGGCUCGCAGGCGCGGCGUUUGCGCUAGGCAACUACGCCAGUUCGGCGAUCGUGGUCGUUGUGGUGCGCGCCACGACGAGGGAUGGGAGCCCUGGAUGGAUCCCCGAUGACAUCAAUGAAGGGCACCUGGAUUACUUCUUCUGGCUGCUCGCCAUGCUUUGCUUCCUAAACUUCGGCACCUACCUGAUCGUGGCACGAUGGUACAAAUACAAGAAGAUUGCGGAUUGA